CGCAGUGCACUCAUGCUUCAGAUAUGCAGGUGACAGGGAAACAUCGACGCGAGACAUACUUUGCGUUCUGUUGUCGUUCUCUGUCGCGCACAUUCGGUCCUUUUCGUUCCACAGGCGCAGAGGGUCGACGCUAGUCGUCUCGGUGAAAAACCGAAAGCCAGUCUUCGACGAGUGAUGGUGAGUUAGAGAGGAGGUGCGCGAAUCUCUGGAAAACUGACGACAACUAACUGACUCCUGUUUCCAGUGAAUAAGAAAGACAAUGUGCUCGACAACAUUGACCAGUAACAUAGUCAGGGAAUGGUUGAAGUCGUUGUGUUUGGGCCAGUACGCGGACAGUUUUAUCGACAAUGGGUAUGACGAUUUGGAGAUAUGCAAGCAGAUCGGAGAUCCGGAUUUGGACGCGAUCGGCGUCUUCAAUCCGGUGCAUCGGACCCGAUUGCUUGAGUCGGUACGCACGUUGCGCGAAGAAGGAGCCGCUUCCGUAUAUUUCACAUUGGAGGAGACGGUUGCGGCGGUACAGGACGAGUGUUAUUGUGAUAGUGUCAGUGCCCAUUCACAAACUUCUUCGUCGGAGAAGGAAACAACCGUGACCGUAACAUCGGCAGCGGCAGCCGCCGUAAUCGCUAACGUUGGCCCAGCCAGUGACAACAGCGGCAGGAAUGUUGUAGUGAUGACCACGUCUCCCGGGUCAGAAGGAUCCUCCGGCAUCCGUCAGAUGGACGAGUACGAAGAGGGUAAAGCGGAAUUGGUCAGGAUUCCGCGGAUCAAGCUGCAAGCUCUUCUCCGAGACAAAUUGUCUCAGGAUGGGAUACGUCUCAGCUGCCAGCCAUAUUCCACCACGGAUGGCGAGAGGGGUUACCUAGAGGGCUUAGCGUCACGUUACGCUGACCUGUUCUGUACUCACUACGGGGACGUUUUGAACCAUCUUGAGGAGUUACGAAAGAAAGAACUGACCGAAAUUUCGUCGCAGGACAAAAGCUUGAGCACAACCCCAAAUAGAAAAUACGCUAACGUCACUGCCAUAUCGAACGCAGGAAUUACUUCAUCUCAAUCUCAGCCGAUUUAUGUGCCGGGGAAAUACUCGCCGUCGAGUUGCCUGAGCGAUAAAGAGGAAGAUGAAAUUUAUGGGUUCGGCUAUGGGGUUUUCGGUGUUCAAAUAGCCAGGCAGCAACAGCAACGAAUUAUGGCUGCAGCCGAACAGGGAAAUAACAGCCAACAACUCAGUCAGCAUUUCUACCAAACGUGUCUUAGUCCGCGGUCCGCUUUUUUUUACGAGUUUCCCCCAAACGAAAACGCGAAUUACGCAAACACGGGGAAAAAGCGGACGACAUUCUCCAGGUUUCUUCGGGGCUUGAAGACUGCUCAUCGAAAGGAGAAACACGGCGGCAGUUCCCCCAGGCACGGAAGGGCUACGUCGGGAGGCGCAGUACCUCAGAGGGUCGACACCCCGGACAGUGUCCUACAAAGUGGUUUGGGACUCCCAGCAGAUUUAGCGCAAAGUAACGUCCUCAGGUCUAUGAUAGAUCCUCGAGAUUAUGAUCGACUGAGAUAUUUGCAAAUGAACGGUGGAGGUCCAAGCACCUUCGAAGAAACAAUCUAUAGAUUAAAAGUCCAAGAGGCGCAGAAGAAACGUGAAAAAAUCACAAAAGAACAUGAAGAGAUUUUAAGGAAUAUUAGAGAAGGACUAAUGCAUUUAGGAAAAGGAACAUUCCGGGGACAUUUGACUGCAGACGACACGUACAUGUACGACGAAGACGUCCGUAUGUUGGCACCAGCAACGUAUGAUAGAGGCCAUUGGUAUGACGAACCACCUUACGAAAGUGAUCCCGAAGAUUUUCUGAUGAGAGGAAGUCCCGGGCCUACGGCAACAAUAGAAAAUGGCAGAGUGUGCUUCACGUUGAACCAAAGACAAGAGCAGUGUGCUGAAGGUAUAAUAUCGUUGCGAAGUGCAGGCGAUAUUUCACUACCAAAGGAAGGAAACGGAAGGGCUAUAACUGGACAUUCCAAAUGCAGGAAAUUACUGAUUUCUCGCAGAGAUGACGAAUCUCCGUCGCUAACGCGUAUGAGGGAAAGUGGUGAUUAUGCAGGGUCAGAUAUUCAAAGUGUUAGCUCAAGAAUUUCAACUUUAUCAAUGGACACUAGUCGUUCGGAUCAACUAGAACUGAUGCAUUUUGAUGAUAACCUUCGCAAAUACCACAAGAAGUGUGGUUUCACUGAUAGAUUACAGUCGCCAAAUCACAGUUCUGACUACGAAGAUCAAGAAGAUUACGACAGUUGUAAUCCGCAAAUUGCCACCGUUCAUGUGUCAGAUGAGGGAAGAAUGGGUGUAAGUAACUUAGUAGGAAGGGUAAGGGGAUUGAGGGAGGACGUGCAAAAGAAAAUAUCCAAAUUAAGGAACGAAUCGUCCACGGAUCAAGAGAAACGUUUCGAGCACUCAUUUCCGUGUUCUGCCAGUUCAGUGGAAAGCAUUCCCAGUGGUUCUGGUUCAAGCACUCAGGCUUUGGUAAGGGCGGGUAGCAACCACAGCUCGAUAUCAGUAGAAGACAUAGAUUCAAGCCCUGCAGACCCUCAAAUAAUAGGCCGCGCUAGGGCUCUGGUAGAUUACACCCCAACCCCUUAUGAUAAGGAAGCACUAAAAUUUAAGAAAGGUGAUAUUAUAGAUAUAUUAUCGAUGAAUGCGAGCGGCCAAUGGAAGGGAAUUUGCCACGGUCAAAAGGGCACGUUCAAGUUCAUAAACGUCGAACUAAUGUCCGAGAGGUCGGUGAGAGCAAAGAGGGAGCCCAAAUGGCACUAUCAAAUCAAAAACAAACCAAAGUCCGUCGAGGAUCUUCUUCAAAGGAUCGGAAUGCCAGAACAUAUUUCAGUUUUUGUCCUGAACGGCUACGAAGAUUUGGAAUUGUUCAAAGAAAUAGAACCUUCUGAUUUAGAUUAUUUGGGAAUUUUGAACUCGGAGCAUCGUGCGAAGCUGCUGGCAGCUGUGCAACUACUUCAUGACAUGGAUUCUGGAAGUGAAGGAGAUGUUGCGGGUUCCAGCAGCGAAGGCGACGACCAUAGCAGGAUUCGUCUUCUGUGUUCUACGUCCACCGAACCAUUUAGUCGUUGCCAUUUUUCUAGGGAGUCCGGCAGUUAUCCGGGGAAAACCCUCCACUGCCCAAAACUGCCCCCUUCGUCAUCUAAUCCGACACCAAAGAGCGAUUUCAACAACCUGGACGCCGUGGUCGAACAGUGCAGUAACGAAAUAAUAGCCAGGGUACGACAGUCUCACAAAAACACGCUCAACUUGAAGGAGGAACCGUGUUAUCAGCCGAACAUCACGGACAAUCCAAUGCCAAGUUUUCUUAACGACGAGAAGAUUCAACACGAAACUCUCGACCAACAAGGGAUGACAAAGGGAGCACGUAAGGGCGUUCGUCUGGAUGAAUUCGGUGCAGCCGAAGAUCAAAAACUGACGACAGUAAAAUACAUCGUGGGUGGGAAUAUAGAAAUGGGUAUUGGGGACACGAUGGUGUCUACCGCGAAUGUGAUAGGAAAGGGAGGAUGUUUCAGUGAAAAGUCUAGUGAUUCGGGAAUAAGCAGCAGCUCGAUGUGUUCGACUAAUACAAAAGAUUCUUUAAGACAGCCCUUAGCAGUUCACGCGGACAAUUUAAGUCGAUUUUCUGCUUGUGCCAAUAGAGCUUCGUCAAAAAUGACUAAGUGACAAGGUAACUAAUUAAUUUAUUAAUUUAUUAUAAACGAAUGCUUAGGAAACUUUUAAAAAUCGAGACAAAAAGUGAUAUGAAAAUACGCUGUAUGUAGUGAAUAAUUUGUAAAAAUGUAUAUUUUGUAAACUUAACUUAUCGUGCUAGUCUCACAUGUUAGCUGAAAUGCAAAAGAAGAUAAUCAAAAUCGAUUCGGUUUUAUUAAAUUAUUAAUUAUUAUUAUUAUAUAGACUGAAUUAUUACUUAAUAUUUGCGAGAUUGUUUGUUGUAAAUGAAGCAUAUCAACUGUUGUACAUACAUGUUUCCUUAUCCUAAUUGUAUAAAACAUGUAUGUUAUUCAAUG